AAUCUGUGUUUCUGGAGAUAUAUUAUUAAAACAAUGAAGCAAGGCUGAUGAUUACUACGUAGAAGGUAAGAUCGCAGGACAACGACAUGAUAGAGUCGAAACUGAAAGUCAAGAAAUGUAACCGUGGACAGCUGUUUCAACCUGUUUGGGUCUCGUCCGCACGGUGUAGCAGCAGAAAGUAGGACAACAGACAACAGGCUGGUGGAACGAUUGUCUAGUAAAUUAGAUGCACAUGGAGAUGGCGGCUGUUCGACAAUAAUGACGAAAUUUCUACGUCAUAUGGCGUUGCGGUACUCAAAGAAAGAUAUUUUUGGACGUGUUAUAAAUAUCAGACCUGCAAUAAUAAUGGUCAAUUCUAGGCAUGAAAAAUUAAAACCACCCCUCCCCCAUUUCAAUGAUGAAAAAAAUGACGCGUUUUGGUUUUAGUACGGGUUUCAGCAGUUGAUUCGGGGCGGUGGGCGGUUUAUUUCCAAUUGAAAUAAAAAAUUAACAAAACCUCUUCCCUCAGGUCAAUGAUGAGGAAAACAUUGCACGUUUUUAUUCGGGAAAAAGGGAAGAAAAUGAGGAUUAAAAUUCUCAUUUUAUUUCAACUGAGACUGUUGUUCCAUAACCACCCACCUCUCUCCCUUCCCCUCCCCCCAAAAAAGUCCAAUCUGAAAAGGGUCAAGUCACGAACCACACACCUCAUAAACUAAUUUCUGUUGAGAACAAAAGAAGGGAUGAUCUUCUUAUAACCUAAAUACAGAAAAUCGGCUGGGUCGAGUGACCCAAACCACCACAAAUCUUCAUAUCUGCACGGACCACCACGGUGUGACACAAGAACAUAUCUGGCUUAUCUCACCGCUGGCUGGGAAAUGGGCGCUUUCCGUUUCAUCUUACCGGGUGAGUCGGUGGAGAAAACGCUAUCAUUUAUUUUUCCAAUCGGCCCACCUCAGAGAAAUUGUUUACCAGCUGUGUGGCGUAAUACGUUUUUAGCUGGAGAGGGUACUUUUUUUUGUUUUUGUGAUGUUUUCUUACCUCGGGGAAGCUCAACAGUCGGACCUAUAAAGUUGCGAGUGUAAAUUAAUAUUCGGAGGUGUCUCCUUUCAGAAAACCACAAAUGACUACUUCUGAUUGAUUUCUGUUAAUUUGUAACAACGAUGUUAUCUAACACCUUUGUCAUCACACCGUAAAUCCACGUUUUUUUUCGGCCUCUGGCCCAGGGUCAUAUCUGUGGGGAAAACAUUAUAUUAAAUUUCACGACUUCAUUGCAUGUGCCGUGAGCUUAGCCGAAUAACAGAACAGAGGUAUGAGUGGCGAUUUAAAUGCAAGUUGUAACGAUGGAGCAACAGACAUGCCGUCUUUGCCUGGAACUAUCGUUGGGAUUCAAUCCACAGCCUUCCUGCUUCUUUCGGUGUCGUCUUUGAUCUGCAAUGCUUUGGUAGGAUAUGUCCUCUCGAAAAAACCCGAGUUGUUGUCGCAUUCUUCCAGCAAGCUUCUUCUGAACUUGAGCGCAUCCAGUUUUCUCCUCUCGUUCACUGUUUUGCCGUUCGUUUUCGCUUCGAGUGUCAAGCAGAAAUGGAUCUUUGGCGACAAUUGGUGUCAAGCGAGCGGAUUUCUCACUGUGCUUUUCUCCGCGACAUCUUUGGGUACGGUCAUGUUUUUGAGUAUUGAUCGGUAUCACUGCAUAGUCAACCCGCUAAAUUACGCUAACAGGAUGUCUCCUUGUUGUACGUGCUUUUUCACCGUGUGUACUUGGGGAGCAAGUCUGUUCUUAGCUUCGCUUCCACUCUUCGGCUGGGGAAAAUAUGGUUAUCAACCCGCGAAGGUAUCGUGUACCGUUGUUUGGAGCGACAACAUGAGCCAGGGUUAUACGAAACUUUAUAGUCUAACACUUUUUAUACCUUUACUGGUCAUGUUAUACGCGUAUUAUCAUAUUGUUAAAGCAGCACGACGACAAGCAAGAGUCGGACAACUGGCCGCAUUGCCCGCGUCGAUCAUGGGUCCGCGGACAAAUCGUAGCUCUAUAGCGUCGAACUCAAGCGCAUUCAGCGGUGCUAAGGCUUUACGCACAACAUUUCUCGUUCUUGGUACCGUCAUAUUUUGUUGGCUACCCUACGUCAUAGCGAUUCUUUUAGAAUCGGAAAAAAUGUGUGUACGAUAUGAACUGCAGACUGCGUUUGUUAUGGUUUCUUAUUCAAGCAGUCUUUUUUAUCCUGUUAUUUAUGGAUUUCACAUAAAAGCGAUCAGAAGGAACAUCAAAAGGCUUCUUGCCUCGUUGUUUUGCGGAAAUCAGAACAGGGUUCGUCCAGCGAGCGACGCUGGCUUUGUAAUUCCAACUCAAGUAUGUCCCAGAAAUAGAUCGGCCUCUCAGGGUUCUGUGAAUUCUUUCGACAUGGCCUGGUCACCUCGAAGAGAAAGCGAGAGCAUGUGGAGUCUCCCAGCGAUCAAAGAAGAGGUUGAGAAUGUGGCGAACGUAACGAAAUCGACUGACCUUACUACAGAUGGAGAAGUUUGUAACCUUCCAGGCAGCUGUGUAUAAAACUAUCAGGCAGUUGAAUAUUACAUAACGCCAUAUUAUGCCGCCUUGUCUUGGCCAAAUUUCAUACGUACAAUAAAGUAUCAUUUGCAAGAAUCUCUCUCAAGUUCACUCGUGCAGCUCAAACUAUUUUAACAUAACCUUUAGAGAAAGAUGGCGAGAAAAGUAAAGGAAGGAAAAUAAAAAUCGAAUUUGUGGUAUUUAUUGUCUUCUAUAUUACUUUUAACACCUGCAUUCCGGAAGUCGUCUGGGUGGCCUAUUCCCGCCAAUAUGGCGCCCGCGGAAUGUUUUGAUUGGAAACAUUUCCUAUGACGUCAAGAUCUGGUGUUUGUCAGAUAGACCACCCAAUGUGAAGUGAAAUUGUUGCUAAAAUAGAUAGGAAGGGGGCAAAUUACGGGGCGCUUACUUAUUUUUGACAUUAACGUGUUUAAAGAAGGAUCUUUCGUUUCAAGGAAUGAUGUCCUGAAGAAGAUGAAAGACGGACGGAUUAUCUCAGUGCGCUCUGUUGGCUCUGUAAUUGAAAUAAAACAAGAUAGGCUUAGGUAGAAUUGAAGGGGUCGCUUUUUGGUACAGGCCAGGCUGAUUGAUGGAAUCGCGGCGCUUGUAACAAAACAACAUUGGAAGGGAGCGCUCAUAGGUAAGGAGGCUCAGGAUGGAAUUCUUAUGGUCGUCCAGUUGUCGAGCGAGGAUGUUUUGCCUUUAGAACUUCCACUGAGUAGGAACGACAUUUCUAUUUUCUUUAUGUUUACCGGAAAUUCUUUAGCGCAGCGCGAAAUUUUAUCCGUGUGUCAACUCGUUGACUCGGUUCCAACUAUUUCGAGUAAAUAUUUCCGUUCGAAAGUCGUAUUUUUAUGGCGUAAUUGACAAACCACAACCCGGAACUAACCCGGGAGGGGUGGGGACAUUCCAUUAGAGCUGCUAGAGCUCGCCACCCACCAGUAAGGUCAGGGUUCGAUUCCGGCCUGGUGCCAUAUGUGGGUGGAGUUUGUUGUUGGUUCAAUUCUCGCCUUGC